AUGCAAAGACUGACGGUCGGCGAAACUGCUCGUAAGCGCAAACGAAGCGUGACCCCAAACCCCCUCACUGGGGAGAAGACGAUGGGCUCUACUGAUGCGCAACCGCCUAACCUAGACGAGGCCUUUACACAGCACCUUCAGGGCACUGCGCAGCAGCAGAUCUACGCUGAGCGAAAAGAGUUCCUACUGCAGGAGGAAAGGGACUCCGCUUGGGAUCGCGCUGCACGUGAGAGCGCUUCAGAAGCUGAGAAUAGAGCAGACCAGCUCGUCUGGGAGGUCCGAGAAGAUGAGCGCGACAAUCUCUUUGGAAACAAAGCCAGCGAGGCGAUUCCAGGACCGGAGACACUCGACAUGGGCGGCCAAUUCCUAACGAACAAGGAGCGCAUCGAGAAGAGCCAACUCUUCAGAAUUGCCCAACGAAUGCCAAAGGGUUGCCAUCUGCACCUUCACUUCAACGCUGAGUUGCAGCCCGAGGGGCUCAUUGAGUGGGCGCGGUAUUUGCCAGACACGAUGUUCAUCAGAAGUACACAGGCUCUCGUGAAUCCUGAAGACUAUGAUGUGACAGAGAUCGUUUUCAACGUAAUGCCUGCAGACACUCCUACUUCGGACAUCUUUUCUAGCGACUACAAUCCGGAAUUUAAGGCACCGGGAAGCCGGCCCUGGAUGAAUUGGAAGACCUUCUGCGAAGAAUUUCCCCGGACGCGCAGUGAACUAAAUGCCGAAGCAUGGGUAAAAGAGAAGAUGGUCUUGCAGGAGGAAGAGGUGUACGGCAUGAAGCAGACGGUGAAUGGUAUCUGGGCACGGUUCAAUCAGGCGACUCGCGCUUUCAAAGGCCUUCUUAAUUAUGACGAAGCCUACCGCCGCUAUAUAGGACUGGCCAUCGACAGCAUGAUUCGCGAACGGGUGAUGUAUGCCGAGUUGCGCCCUAUGCUGAUGGACAAAUUUAUACCGAGUGUGGACGGCCAGCAAAGGUAUGACCUCCGAGCGCAAAUGGACAUGAUCCUUGAAGAGGUCGAAAAGAAGAAGCAGGAGUUGAAGAAUAAAAACGAGCUGGAUAAAUUCCCCUUCGGCGUUAAAAUAAUUUACUGCACGCCUCGGUCAAUCCCUAAGCAGAAGAUGCGGAGCGAAAUGCAGGACUGCAUCGAGUUGAAGCUAAAAUAUCCGGAGCUCAUUUGUGGUUUUGACCUUGUUGGCGCUGAAGACCGGCCAAACCACAUAGGUUUCUACAGGGACGAGCUUCUAGCUUUCGUCGAGACCUGCAAAUCCUUGAAUAUCGAGAUACCGUUCAUGUUUCACGCCGGCGAGACACUGCUAGACACCGGUGGCUCUAAGGAGCCUCAGAAUUCCAACUUAUACGACUCGGUCUUAUUGAACGCUAAGCGAAUCGGCCACGGCUAUUCCCUACCGAGACAUCCGCUGCUGAUGGAGAAGUUCAGGGAGAAGCCGAUCUGCAUUGAGCUUUGCCCCAUUUCCAAUGAGCUCUUGCACCUAUGUCGAAACGUCAAAGAGCACACGUUUCCACAGCUACUCGCGGCAGGUAUUCCAUGCACUGUCAAUAGUGACAACCCUUCACUUUUCAGCUCCUCGCUAUCGCAUGAGUUCUACCAAGUUAUGGUUGGAUGGCCAACGAUGGGUGUUCAUGGCUGGCGGCAGCUGGCGGAGUGGAGUAUAACUUUCAGUUGCUUGAGCGAACCUGAGAAGGAUGAAGCUCGCCGUAUCUUCAAGCGCGAGUGGGAGGAGUUUUGCUGUUGGAUUGUUGACAAGUAUGGGCACUAG